CCACGGAAUAGAUAAAUAAGGUUGGAAUGGUAAUGUGGGCGGGGCGAGCGCGCCACAAUUAUGAUUCGAAAAUCAUAACUCGACCGAUUCAUUCAUUCACCGCGUUUGUUGCGCUUCGGGCUACUUCGUAGAACAGAGCUCUGCUUUAAAAUGCCGUGUUGUGCAAUUAUAACUUGUAAAACAAAAAGUCAAACCGCAAGUAUAGAGCGAGGAGGUAUAUCUUUCCAUCGGUUUCCUAAAGAGCCUAACGCCCGAGAACAAUGGAUUGACGUGACAGGUAGAGGAAACUGGAUGCCGACAAAGACGAGUACUAUUUGCUCUAAACAUUUUACUGAAAAUGAUUUUAUCAUUAAAAAAUCAGGUUAUAGGUACCUAAAACCAGGGACGAUCCCAAGAGAACAAAUUGUUCAGAUUUGUUCAAGUUCUUUGACAACUAAUUCUUGCAAUGCUAUAAUUAAUAAGCCCAGUUACGUUGCUAUUUCCGCCAGUGUGCAAAAUUGCGAAGGCACUCAGGUAACAUAAUACUUAUAUGUUAUCUUGAAUUAUAAUCGCUCGUGUAAAGUCAGCUUUUCAAGAUAUUUUAUGCUAUUUAUAAUUUUAGGAUUUACAAGCACAGGCUUCAUCUUCAACUUUGUUGACGUUGACACCAAAAAGAGAUAAAAAUUUAAAAAGAAAAUACACUGAAGAAAGCGUAAUGUCAUCUUCAAAUGCAAGCACUCCUAGGAAAAGAAAGCUACAA